GGGUGGGGGACAUUCUGUGAAGGGCUCCAGCCAAUAGGCAAGAACUGAGGUUCCCUUCCAGCUGGACGGCAGCAGCACAGACUGUGUGCACCUCUUUAGGCAACUUUUAAAUUGUUCUUCUGACUCACAGCACAAAGCUUCAACCUGAUGUCCCCUUUACUUCCAGUCUUUGUCAACAGACCUGCUUUUGUGCCCCUCAACCCAUGCUGCUUCCCACUUGGGCUCUUUCCCACUCUUGAUGAAUCUCAACAGGGGCUGCACUUCCUAAACACAAUUUAGAGCACUUUCUAAGAACCCUUGUGUUUGUCAGACGAUCCACGUCUGGGUCGUCUGCCUGGUUCAGGCAGAAAGCUUUUACUAGAAAGCCUCAGUCUGGGAAAGAGCGGCUUUGCGGCCAGAAAGCCUUUCAUUUUGUUUCCCAGCAUAUUGUGCUGGUAUUAAAUGUUUAUUUUUUAUCUUUUCAAUGACUUUAAUUUAACCAAGCAAUACUUUUGCAUGGUUCCAGAUUCAAAUUGUGCACAGUGGAGUAGGCAGUGACCAGUCUUCCUCCCACUUUUUUCCUAUCCACAACAUUUUCUUUCCUGUAACAAAUGGGUGUUCUGAUUCUUUUUCAUCUUUCCAGAGAUAUAUUAUACAAACAAAAGGACAGCAAAAGCUAUUUUUGCUGUCUGCAAAUUCUUUCAGGUUUUUUUGGGUGAAAGUUGAUAUAUUAAUAUGUUCCAUUACUCUGAUACUUGCAGUGACUGUGUUUGUCUCAGUAGUAAUGUGGUUCCUGUCUUUAUUUCUGUAGGUAUAUUGCUAGAAUCAGAUGUUGUACUGUGUUUUAAAAUUAAAAAUGCAUGGAAGAAGAGUGGCCAGAUUUAGCAAGUAUGAAUAAGGAAUGCCAAGCAGAAUUUGAAUUCAAGAUAAGCAUGAUGGCCAAAAAAUGAGCAAACAGAAAAAGAAUUACCCAGAUCCAGUUUCCGUUAUCCAGAAGUAUGGUGCUGAUGCGCUCAGAGCCAUGUGCCAUAUAUCUAUGCUAGAGCUAAUAUACCUAUGCUAGAGCCUGGUUGUGGUGCUGCCAGAGAAGCAAAGCAGGACGAAGAAGAAAUAGAAUUUCCCUACAAUGAGAACACAGUUAGAAAAAGCCCCAACAUUACGGACCAGUGGAUCCUGUCCUUCAUGCAGCCUCUCAUUGGCUUCUUUGAGACUGAAAUGGCAGCUUAUAGGCUUUACACGGUGCCUCGCCUUGUCAAGUUUGUAGAUAUUCUCACCAAUUGGUAUGUUAGAAUGAACCGCAGAAGAUUAAAGGGUGAAAAUGGGAUGGAAGAUUGUGUCAUGGCCCUAGAAACCUUGUUUAGUGUUCUGCUCUCUCUUUGCAGACUUAUGGCUCCCUACACGCCUUUUCUCACCGAAUUGACGUACCAGAAUCUAAAGGUGCUGACUGACCCUGUUUCUGUUCAAGACAAGGACACACUCAGCAUCCACUACCUCAUGCUGCCCUGUGGUUAUCCAUCAAGAUCCAGAAGCUCUUACAGAUAUCAAGUCUUUGGAGAAGUAUGUCAUUGGACCAUUGUUGUGGAAGGCCAUGAAUUGCAUGAUGAAGACAUCCGCCUCAUGUACACCUUUGAUCAGGCCACAGGUGGGACUGCACAGUUUGAAGCACACUCAGAUGCUCAGGUAUCUGGUAGAAAUAAGUACACAGAGAGCUCCUAUCCAAAAAUUGGCAUAGAGGUGAAAGUGGUCAGAAAACACUUCUUGAAGAGAAUAUACAGGCUGUUUUUGAUUCUGGUGUCAAUAUUUUUUGCCAUGAUGAAAAAGAGACUAACUACUUGCAAUCUUGAUCAGACAUCCCCAGUCGGCAUAGUUGUAAGAUCUCGCAUUUUUACUUGUCUGAUGUCUUAUUUUUGUGACUUUUUAGGUGGAAUAUUGUUUCUGGAAAAUCCAAAAGGUGAUGAUAGGUUGGACCCUUUAAAACUGAAGAGUGUUGUCAGUAGCAUUUUUGGUGUGAAAAAUGCAGACCUGGCUGUCUUCCAUAAUGAAACAGAAAUACAAAACCAAACCGACUUACUGAGUCUUAGUGGAAAAACACUUUGUGUGACUGCAGGAUCGGCUCCCUCUCUGAUCAACAGUUCUGGCACUCUUCUUUGUCAGUAUGUCAACCUGCAGCUCCUGAAUGCAGAGCCACAAGAGUGUUUAAUGGGGACAGUGGGUACUCUCCUGCUUGAAAACCCACUUGGGCAGAAUGGACUCACCCACCAAGGUCUUCUAUAUGAAGCAGCCAAAGUGUUUGGCCUUCGGAGCAGGAAGCUAAAGCUAUUUCUGAAUGAGACCCAAACGCAAGGACCCCCAGGGCCCCUGAGGCCAGUCCCUGUGGCCACAGCAAGGAGCAUCUGCUUCCGCCAGCUGGACAAGACUCUGUCCUGCCCAGAAACCGGCAGAGGGACUUCCCCUGCUCCCCACCUAUUGUCGUAUCCCAAACACACCCAUGUGGAUGGACACCUCGACAUCUCCCCUCAGCCCAAGGCCCGAGCUCUUCCUGAUGAGGGUUAA